AUGAACUUCCAAAGAGAUGAGUACUAUCAGGUAGGAAAGAACAUCACUCGGAGGCAAGAAGAUCAGCUCUCUACGCAGCUUGCUGUCUUCAAGUCGGCGUUGGUCAACUUUGCUUCUGACCAUGGUGAGGAGAUUAUCCACAACUUGGAGUUCAGAACAAAGUUCACUCAAAUGUGUCAGCUGGUGGGCGUUGAUCCACUAAACUUACAAAUAAUGACCAGUGGGAGUAGUGGUGGAGCAGGCAGUGCCAAUAAGAGUAAUAAUAACAAUAACAAUAAUGGUGGAGGCGAGAUUGCGUUGGCUGUCAGGGUGGUGGAGGAGUGUCAUAAGACGAGAGAUGCCAAUGGUGGAUUAAUUUCUUUUAAAGAGCUUCUUUUAAGAUUGAAGGGAGAAGAUGAUACCUCAGGUUCUUCUAACAGUAACAUAAAUGUAACAGAGCAGGAUAUUACCCAGUGCUUGACUAAGUUGAACUCAUUGGGUAACGGAUACGAAACCUUGAAUAUAAGCGGAAAGAAGUGGCUCAAAUUUACCAAUAAUGUUUCAAAUGACCAUAAGAGAGUCUAUGAACUUUGCGAGUUUAUGGGAGGAAUGGUGACGUAUAGACUAUUGAGAGAUAAUUAUCAAUGGGACCAGGUCAGAUGUAAAACCGUCAUCGAUGAGAUGAUCAUGAAAGGGUUCCUAUGGGUUGACCAGGGUGAGCUGGAAACGCAAUUCUGGGAACCAUCUUGGCUAUCUGUGUGA